AUGUUUGACACUCUUCGCGGUACGCCUCACGUACGUGUUGCCGAAGACACCGACUCAGAACAUUGCACUUUCAUACAUCCAUACCGACGUGGCCACCUACUGUCUUUCGUUCAGAAAGACGUUCCGCUUCCCACAACAAAACUCGUCCUUCGAGACGCUCUGCGUGGCCUCGCAGCACUACACGCCAAAGGGAUGGUGCACACCGAUAUAAAGCCAAACAACAUAUUGCUAGAUUGGGACGAUCAAAGAGGGGAGCUUGAAGUCAAAGAAGUGCAGAUUGCUGACAUGGAAGAUAUGGUUCACCUCCCGGAUAACCAUUACAUCAGUGGCAGGCAUCCAGAGGCGCACGCAGCGGCAGCGAUACAAAAGCCGACAGACAUGUUCUCCUUUGGUCUGGUUUGCAUAUACGCCGUGACAAAGGAAGCAGUUCUCGCUGUAGAUCCAAAAAAGGCUACAGAAGACAAUCCAAUCGAGGCCAUCGUCGUUCGACGUCAGGUCUCAUAUUUCAGCGACCUAGAAGAUAUGGAAGGGUUGAUCACCUACUUGGAAGAUAGCCCCUGGAUUGGCUACCUGAACUUCGUGAUGGCGAAUUUCAGCGAAGACUAUCCGCGACGUCCACUCUGCCUGUGGAGCGAUCUCGACGAAGAUCUGAAGGAUCUUUUGAUGAAGAUGAUGAGUAUGGACCCGAAACGACGCAUCACAGCUUCUGAGGCUUUGGCGCACAAGUGGUUUGCGGACGUUCCUUAA